CUUUUCCACCUUUCUAGCUGCGUGAGUUAAUUUAUAUUACUUAUUAUUUUGUGUUUUACUUUAAGCUUUAUUGUAUUUUAUUUGUGCUUGUGUAUCUUGUGACGAAUAUAUCUCAAAUUCUUUAAAUCGAUAGAAAAAUUAAUCAUGUCGGCGUUGAAGACCAUCUCCAAUGAGGAGAGAGAGGAGAUGUUUGGAUAUGUCUUUGCAGUCUCCGGACCUGUGGUGACUGCGGAGAAGAUGUCAGGAUCUGCUAUGUACGAACUGGUGCGUGUCGGAUACAAUGAACUGGUCGGAGAAAUCAUCAGGCUAGAGGGUGACAUGGCUACCAUCCAGGUAUACGAAGAAACAUCAGGCGUAACAGUGGGUGACCCGGUGCUGCGAACUGGCAAGCCUCUUUCCGUGGAACUUGGUCCUGGUAUCCUUGGAUCCAUCUUUGACGGAAUCCAGCGUCCAUUGAAGGACAUAAACGAGUUGACACAGUCCAUCUACAUCCCCAAGGGAGUUAACGUACCCUGUUUGGCCAGAGGAGUGGAUUGGGAAUUUAAUCCACUGAAUGUUAAGGUGGGAUCCCACAUCACCGGAGGAGACCUGUACGGUAUUGUACACGAGAACACGCUGGUGAAGCACAAGAUGCUGAUGCCGCCCAAAGCCCGCGGUACGGUCACCUACAUAGCGCCCUCCGGCAACUACAAAGUCACGGACAAAGUUCUGGAGACAGAGUUUGAUGGAGAGAAGUCCUCAUUCAGCAUGUUGCAAGUGUGGCCCGUGAGACAGCCCCGACCGGUGACAGAGAAGCUGCCAGCCAAUCACCCCCUGCUCACUGGACAGCGUGUGCUCGACUCUCUGUUCCCUUGUGUCCAGGGUGGAACCACAGCUAUCCCCGGAGCCUUCGGUUGCGGAAAGACUGUCAUCUCGCAGGCCUUGUCCAAAUACUCCAACUCUGAUGUCAUCAUUUACGUCGGAUGCGGAGAGCGUGGUAAUGAGAUGUCUGAAGUACUGCGGGACUUCCCCGAGCUGACCGUGGAGAUUGAAGGUGUAACGGAAUCCAUUAUGAAGCGUACCGCCCUCGUCGCCAACACUUCAAACAUGCCUGUGGCUGCUAGAGAGGCUUCCAUCUAUACCGGUAUCACACUGUCGGAAUACUUCCGUGACAUGGGCUACAACGUGUCCAUGAUGGCUGACUCCACGUCGCGUUGGGCCGAGGCUCUGCGUGAGAUCUCCGGUCGUCUGGCUGAGAUGCCGGCUGACUCGGGUUACCCGGCCUACCUGGGUGCUCGUCUGGCCUCCUUCUACGAGCGAGCCGGUCGCGUCAAGUGUCUCGGCAACCCCGAGAGGGAAGGGUCCGUGUCCAUCGUGGGCGCCGUGUCCCCGCCCGGAGGAGACUUCUCGGACCCCGUGACGGCGGCCACUCUGGGUAUCGUGCAGGUGUUCUGGGGGCUGGACAAGAAGCUGGCCCAGCGGAAACACUUCCCCUCCAUCAACUGGCUCAUCUCAUACAGCAAGUACAUGCGCGCUCUGGAUGAGUUCUAUGACAAGAACUAUGUUGAGUUCGUACCUCUGAGGACCAAGGUUAAGGAAAUUCUCCAAGAGGAGGAGGAUCUGUCAGAAAUCGUGCAGCUGGUGGGUAAGGCGUCGCUUGCGGAGACCGACAAGAUCACCCUCGAGGUCGCCAAACUGCUCAAAGACGACUUCCUGCAACAGAACAGCUACUCGGCCUACGACCGAUUCUGCCCGUUCUACAAGACCGUGGGCAUGCUGAGGAACAUCAUCGCGUUCUACGACAUGUCGCGGCACGCCGUCGAGUCCACGGCUCAGUCCGACAACAAGGUGACGUGGAACGUGAUCCGUGACGCCAUGGGCAACGUGCUCUACCAGCUGUCCUCCAUGAAGUUCAAGGACCCAGUGAAAGAUGGUGAGGCCAAGAUCAGGGCCGAUUUCGACCAAUUACUCGAGGAUAUGUCAGCUGCCUUCCGAAACCUCGAGGAUUAGAUAAACUUACGUACAAACAACUUAAUGUUGGGUCGGUGUAUCAACAUCGACGAGUCGGACUCCAUAUUAUGUAGUAUCGAUAUUUUACAGUAGCCAAUUCUGAUAUUACAAAGCUUGAAUUAGUGUUGAAAUGAAAAUAAUUAUAAUUAAUAGUGUUUAUUGUACUAUAUUAUAUUAAAUUAUUAAUUAUAUAACAUUAUAUGAAAAUUGUCUACUGUAUAGAAUAACAUCGAGUAGUCCACUUUUUAGAUAUAUUCCAUACUCGUUGAAUUUGUUGAGAAUUUUAGAAUUAUCGUGUCGGAAUCGUGUCGCGUCUGUAAAUAGUCUGCGAGGCUGUGUGCGCCUCGUCACGCGAAAAUGAUCCUUAUUUAUAUGAUAUUUAUAUACACGACCAUCAUAUAUGUGUGCUAUUAGACAAGUGACACUCACAAUACUGUCCUUACCUUAAAUAUAAAGCGAAAAUGACGGACGUGAGAAAUUCAAGAUGGCGGUAUUUACAUAUUUUAUCAAAUAAUUAUGUUCCCUCAAUUAUUACAUAGCACCGCGAGCCAUCGCGACUGUUGCGCCUAUUAUUUAUUAACACAGUUUAUUGUUUAUCCUAAAAUUAUAUCUUGUUAUAAAUCAAUGUACUAUUUUGAUAUUGUUUAUUGCUUGUCUAAUACUGUACAAGAAGUGAUCACCUGUUGUCACCUGUUAUUUGUGUGUUGCAUUCCACAUGUCGCCUCCAGUAUUAUGUAGGCGUUUCUAUAUACGCUGUUUUGUUGUUUGAUGAUAGGACAACUUAUUAAUAAAUGUUUAUUGUAAA